AGGUGUGAUGCCAGAAUGCUCAGUCUUGGUUUGAAUGGCAUGAGGCUAACUGUGUUAGCUUGGAAUCUGCCUACCUAGGCUUCAAGACAGCUCAGUAGGUUUUCAAACUGACCCCCUGGAGAGCGGAUUGACCCACUGGCGGCACAACAUCCCUUUCUAAAUCACUUCAUGCACAGGAGGCACCAGAGGGUUGUAGUGGGUCCAAUUCACUGGGUAAAAGGUAGGAAACACCCUGGACUGGUUGCCAGUCCAUCACAGGGCAAACACACACAUUCACACCUAGGGCUGUUUAAGUUUCUCCUGUUAACCUGACUGCAUGUUAUUGGACUGUGGGAGGAAACCCACGCAGACACAGGGAAAACUCCACACAGAAAGGACCCGCAUCUUGCAACCUGGGAAUCAAACCCAGGACCUUCUUGCUGUAAGUAUAUUGUCUCUACAGACAUAAAUAAAGCAGUGAUCUGUUUUCUUACCCGACUCUCCGUUUUCAGACGCAGAUUCCUCCGUGUCGGCCAAUUUUGAUAUGUUCUCUGCGUUCGACCACUCGAAGUACAACCCGAAGGCGAUGUCAUAGUGAUCGGUGGCGAAUUCCCAGAAGAAAAAGGAGCCGUCCUUGUUAGUAGGAAUGCGCACGGUCAGCACCUCCCCUCUCCCGACAGAGAGCACAGACUCUGCAUCCUGUUUCAUCUUCUCCUUGAAUUCCUUUAUCUGAGGCCUUGUCCACAUGGAGGGUGCCAGGAUGGGCAACUCUGCAUUGGAUAAACAUCGAAGAAGCCAACCUCAGGACAAGCCUUUGCGUUAUAAGGUCCAAGUGAGACUUGCUUCUGAAGUGCGACGAAGUGCAGAUUGUCUUCGUAUGUCGGAUUGAAGGCUUUUCCGUUCAUCUCUGCAAAAACAGCAUAUGUAUCACACCCUGUGGGGGAACCUGUCCGGCUCGUGUAUCCUGCUUCUCCGGAAUCAGGACAGGACGCCAAAACAGGCGGAGAAAAGUCCUGCACAAUAGAGAAACCAGAAGCAGAUUAAAAUUUGAAAGAACAUAAAGGCACCAGAUGCUAAAUAAACAAACAACAGUCAGGGGAAACAUCUGGCAAGUGACUUAUUUCUCAGCAUUGGAGCUCAAACCUUCCACUUAAGUAAUAUGCCAGCAUGGUUACGACAAUGAACAGCUGCCUGGUAGUUAAUCAGAAUGACACAACUCAACCCAUCAUCGCACCCAGCAUGAAGUUCCUUCUUGUGCCCUACAUUGCAGUCGAAGUAAUAAUAUCCAUUCUGUCUAUGUCUGGGAAUCUGCUGGUUUGUGUCGCUGUGGGAUGCAACAAAAAGCUCCAAACCGUCACCAAUUACUUCCUGGUCUCUCUGGCAGUGGCUGAUUUGUUUGUCGGCGCUUUAGCCAUCCCUUUUGCCAUAAUAACAGACCUGGGUUUACCUCACCACAACCUUUACCUGUGCAUUGCUAUUGUAUACAUGCUGAUUAUGUUUACCCAGAGUUCAAUAUUCAGUCUGUUAGCGGUGGCUGUUGAGCGUUACGUGGCGAUACUUUUGCCCUUCCACUACCACAUUCUGCUAAAGCCCAGGAACGGUAAGCUUGUCAUACUGCUAAUCUGGGUUCUGUCUUGUGUUUUAAGCUCAGUGCCACUGCAGGGCUGGCAAAUCUGGUGGGGCAGAACCGAUCAGAUUGGUUACUGCUUCUUUUUCUGCGUGGUGGACAUUUCCUAUUUGGUCUACUUCAGUUUCUUUGCUUGCAUGGUCAUUCCCCUGUUGGCCAUGUUUAUCAUUUACAUCCACAUUUUCAUAACAGUGAGGGGUCACGUAAGGCGCAUCACAGCCGUGAGCGCCGCUCUAGAGGUGCAGACGGGGCAGGAUGCAGGCAUGAGGAAGGAAGCUAAGAAAGCCUCAUCGAUUUUUCUGCUGGUCUUUGUUUUUGCGUUCUGCUGGAUGCCGAUACAUGUAAUUAAUUGUGUGCAGUUGUUCUGUCCUCAUUACACAGUGCCAGUAUCGCUGAUCUUAUCUGCCAUAAUUCUUUCACAUAUGAAUUCAGCCAUUAACCCUUUGCUCUAUGCAUACAGGAUGAAAUCAUUUCGGCUUGCGUUUAAAACGAUCUUUCUUUGCUGUAGAGUGAGUCCUCCACUCUCUGACACCACUGACACUAAAGGUACCUAAUGCCAAGUUCACACUACAUGACUCUCCAAGUCGUCAGGUCGCUGUAUAGUUCACACUACACAACUGCAUCUCUUGUAAUCGGGAUGCUCUUAAGUCGGUGUGUAUUUCACACUACACGACUGAUUGGUGAUAGGGGGUUUCACACUACACCAUCUACCAUCUGGAAUCACAGGCGAGCUUCUCUGGUCGAAAAUCAGGGCAAAAAUCGUGUAGUGUGAACUAGGCGUAAGUGUAAUAGCAUGUGACUAAACAGCAUGUGACUACUGUGACAAGUGCAUAGUCUGUUCAAAAGCCACAAUAUGACUUGCCAAAUUAUUGCUUAUGCUGAUGGUUCAAUGAGAUAAAUCAAACCCAGUAUAGCAUUUCCCCCCAAACAUUUUAAGUAUUAAUCCCAACAUAUUAGUUUAAUGAAACAAUCUCCAUAUGCAUACAAUUAUUGUGAGUGGACAAUUUAAGAAAGCAGGUUUUAUAACCCUUAAAACUUAAUAUAAAUAAAAAUAAUUUUAAUUAUGCUUUUAUUAAAAAAGAUGACAUGCGUUUGAAAUGCAGUAAUGUAGGUGUUAAUGUUUGUGCAGUAUUUAACAUAGGUUUAAACUAAAUAACCAAUCACUUUCUUAACCGCUUAUCCAGUCAGGGUCACGGGGAUGCUGGAGCGUAUCCCAGCUUUUCAAUGGGCGCAAGGCACACAGUAACACCCUGGACGGGGCACCAGUCCAUCGCAGGGCAGACACAUACACACACAUACACACCCAUUCACCUAUAGGGCACCUAUUGGUGUCUCCAAAUAACCUGACUGCAUGUUUUUGGACUGUGGGAGGAAACCGGAGCUCCCAGAGGAAACAUGCAAACUCCACACAGAAAGGACCCGGACCGCCUGGGGAUGGAACCCAGGACCUUCUUGCUGUGAUGAGACAGAUAACCAAUCAUACCACCCAAAUUAUAUAGUGGUACAACCUCAAUCUAUGUGUCAUCACUACAUUAUUUAUUAAUAAUGUGAUCACUGGGGUCAUUUCUAUAAUGCAAUUCUCUGCUCAGUCUUUUGUUUACAAUAUACCAACACUGGUA